AUACAAGCCUGCCACCACUCUACCAUAAUCAGAAGCAAGAAACUUUUUCUUCUCUCUACCUAAUAUACAUAACUUCAUCAAUUAAUACAAACAAAUUCACGCGCUUUUAAAGAUACCAUUUUCAAUUUUCAAAACCAACCCAUAUCAGAUUAUGGCAUAAAGUUGCCAUCUUUAUCUCAUUCUCAACAAACCCAUUUUGCAUUUUCAUUCUUAAGAGUAAAGACCGAUUUUUUAAAAUUUCAUUUUUUCCACAUUUUUCGGGGUUGUGUUUUGUUUCACCUAUGUUUAUGUCGAAGUACAAGCAAAGGUUGUUUUUAUGUCUGGUUUUAUUUGCAUGGUUGUACAAUGGAAGUGUGGCUAUGGCGGCUUCAAGUGAAGACAGUGGAAGUUCUAAAGACCUUGAUAAGACACCAACAUGGGCUGUUGGUUGUGUUUGUACUGUUUUCAUCUUGGUUUCUAUAAUUCUUGAGAAAAGUCUUCACAAAAUUGGAACGUGGCUGGGAGAUAGGCACAAGAAGGCUUUGCUUGAAGCUUUGGAGAAAGUCAAAGCUGAAUUGAUGAUUUUAGGUUUCCUUUCUUUGCUUUUGACGUUUGGACAGAGCUACAUGGUUAAAUUAUGCAUGCCUGCCAAUGCGACAGACAUAAUGCUGCCAUGUCAAUCUAGAGCUACCCGCGAUGCAAAAAAUGAUGAAGAUGAACAUCAUAGGAAACUUCUCUAUUAUGAGCGCAGAUAUUUAUCAGAAGAUGGUGCCCCUUACAACUGCAAGGAGGGACAAGAGCCCCUUAUAUCUGUCAAUGGAUUACACCAGUUACACAUCCUCAUAUUUUUCUUAGCCGUCCUUCAUGUGAUAUACAGUGCUGUCACAAUGCUUCUCGGGAGACUAAAGAUACGAGGAUGGAAGGCAUGGGAGGCAGAGACUUCGUCUCACGGAUAUGAGUUUGCCACUGAUCCUUCAAGAUUCCGUCUUACACAUGAAACAUCAUUUGUUAGACAACAUGCCACUUUUUGGACUAAAAUUCCAAUCUUCUUCUAUAUUAGUUGCUUCUUUAGACAGUUCUAUAGGUCUGUCGAGAAAUCUGACUACCUGACUCUGCGCAACGGAUUUAUCGCGGUCCACCUCUCACCGGGAAGUAAAUUUAACUUUCAAAAAUAUAUCAAAAGAUCCUUGGAGGAUGACUUCAAGGUGGUUGUUGGAGUCAGUCCUGUCCUUUGGGCAUCAUUCGUUGUUUUCCUUGUCCUAAAUGUUGAUGGAUGGCAUGCUAUGUUUUGGGGAUCCUUAAUUCCUGUCAUUAUAAUUUUGGCUGUUGGAACAAAACUUCAAGUCACAUUGUCAAAGAUGGCCAUUGAAAUCACAGAAAGACAUGCUGUGGUCCAAGGGAUUCCCCUUGUUCAAGGCUCAGACAAAUAUUUUUGGUUUGGGAAGCCUCAGUUGCUUCUUCACCUUAUCCAUUUUGCUUUGUUCCAGAAUGCGUUUCAAAUAACAUAUUUCUUGUGGAUAUGGUAUUCUUUCGGGUUCAUAAAUUGUUUCCAUGCUGAUUACAAGCUUGCAAUAGUCAAAGUAGCUUUAGGGCUCGUGGUGCUAGUCCUCUGCAGCUACAUCACCCUUCCAUUAUAUGCUCUUGUUACUCAGAUGGGAUCAACAAUGAAAAAAUCAAUAUUUGAUGACCAAACAUCAAAGGCGUUAAAAAAAUGGCACAAUACUGUGAAAAAGAAGCAUGGAGUGAAACUAGGAAAGUCGAGCGUGCGAACCAGGGACGGAAGCACCACCGAUUCAACAGUGCACUCUAUUGGUCCCACUCUACACCGUCACAAAACUACCGGUCACUCAACUCGCUACGAAAACGACCAAGAUGAUUACCAAUCUGAUAUUGAAUUGUCUCCCACAUCACCAACAUCAAACUUACUAGCAGUAAGAGUAGAUAAUCUUGAGCAAGAUGCAAAAGAAAAUGAACACCAAGCCAUCUUAGAAACCAUUGAACAACAACAAACCGUUCUACGUAGCUUGUCAUUUGUCAAGCCUGAUCAUCCGGAAAGAAGCGCGAAUUAAAUAGGAAUCACAACUUAUUUCAUGCAAAUAUUUUUUGCUAGCUUAGUCAUAUAUAUCUUUAGAGCUUUUAGAUGUUAGUAUACUGAAAUUAGAUACAGUGAGUUUUGUACAUUAUUUUUCUUAGAACACUUUCUACAUUGGAAACUUUACCCUUUGCUCUAAAACAGGCUUAUAGUUAAAGCCUUGUUAUAAUUAGGCUUAAUUCUACUUUUACUUUUUCAAGCAUUGUGGUUAAAUGAAAAUUAGAAAAUGUAACAUUGUCCAGUGACACUUAUCUGCAAUGGAUAUAUCUUUAAGCAUUGUAUUUGAUUUUA